AUGUCGAGUUCAUCUAUACAUCAUAGAAAAGGCAGUAUAGUCAUGAAUGGAGAUAUGGAGAGCUCAGAUCGCGAAUCGAGAAUGUUGAAAUCUCUAGAUGUGGAAGAACAUGCAAUUGAACAAGAGCAGCAGCUGUAUACCGAAGCAGAGAAACGCCAAUUGGACAAAUUGUACCGCAAGCUCGAUCUCCGCAUCAUUCCCGCGUUGUGGUGCUUGUAUUUCCUCACUUCGUUCGGGUCGAAUUGCUACGGUUUGACCUUGACUAUGAACGCGGAGACAAAGCACUCGUUGAUUGAUUCGCUUCAACUUACGACCCACGACACGUCGACAGCAUCGGCGUUGUAUUACGUUGGAUACAUCAUUUUUGAUGUGCCUAUGAACUUGAUCAUGACGAAAGUCAGCCCCCAGUCGUGGUUAGCUAGGAUCGUGAUUAGCGUUGGCUUGGUCUACACUUGCUAUUCAGCAGUGGGCAGCGCUGGCGCGUUGAUUGCGUUGAGAUUUAUUAGUGGUACCGUUGGCGCGGGAACGUGGCCGGGCAUGAGCUAUUAUGUGUCGUUGUGGUACCCCAACGAUCGAUCAACGAGACGGAUCGGGUACUACUUCACUGCGGCGCAGAUCUCGGCCGCCGUAGCGGGGUUGGUCAGUGCUGGCUUCCAAAAGAUUGAUGGAAAUCGGGGUUAUUACGGCUGGCAAUGGAUGUACAUGGUUUAUGGUGUCAUUACCAUCACCGUGGGUAUCUCAUUGCUUUGGUGGUUGCCUGAUCGACCAUUCAAGGUGCACGAGGAGUCCAACAAUAAGCUCAUGCAGCUCUAUUCCAAAUACUUCACCCCGAGACAUCCAUUAAAUGACGACGACAGAGAAUUACACAGAAGAGAUUUGGAGCACCGUUAUAAAUUGCUUCAAUGGACAUGGAAAGACGUGGUCAACAUCUUGACCGAUUUGCGAUUGUGGCCCUUGACAAUCAUGUACUUUGGCGUCGUGGGCACUGGGUUCGGACUCGCUGUGUUUGGCACUACAAUCAUCAAAGCCAACGACCCAAGCUUGACCUCGAUCCAAGUGUCAUUGUUGUACGCGCCCAUCUGGUUAUUCGACCUAGCGGGGAUCUUAAUCAUCACCCCCUUUGCAGACAAGUUCAAGCGAUUGCGAGCAUUGACAUUCAGUUUCGCGUGCGUCAUCAUCAUCGUGGGGAUGAUUGUCACCACAUACGCUAAGGGCCCCUGGAAUCGAUACGCUGGAUUAUUGAUCGCUGGGUUUGGGUUGGGGCCCACCGUGCCCAUCUGUAUGUCGUGGUCAGCCGAGAUCUUCCAGCCUCGCUAUGGCGACGUUGGCACCGCGGUGAGCGCGGCCAUUGUGAGCGGAUUGGGCAAUUUGGGCUCGGUCACGGCCACGUAUGCCUUGUAUCGAGGCUGGCCUGCUGAUGCAAAGAGAUUGUACCAGUACUCCAACAUGAUGCUUGUAUUGAUGUUGGGGGUCAGUAUCGUUGCCCUGGGAAUCUGCCACUUGAUCAGAAACAAAGUCCGUCAACAAUGA